AUGAACUGCGAAAUGUCGGCUGAAGAGCCAAUGGAUUACUCAGAAAUAUCCAGAGCAGCCGAAUGGAUUCAUCUUCCAAUAGAGCUUAAGGAGCAAAUUAUGCGCCUUUUACCUUUCCAGGAUAAGCAAAAUAUGAUGCUCGUGAAUCGGGAAUGUGCAAAAGUCUGUGAUACGCUUCCCAAUAAGCUGAGAGAAAUAUCAAUUUUGGAGAUGCCUUCAACUGCAAAAACCACUUUAACAAUUAUGUGGAAAAAUGAGAGAGGAAGGCUCGUAAGCAGAAUGGUGGAUUAUCGUGGAGAUCAAAUGCACCAAACUGAUUGUCCACCUCAUACUGCCGAAGCUAUGAAAGUUUUCGUUAAAAUUCUGAAAAGAGCCAAAGUAAAAACCGUUACAAUUGAAAUUCCUUGCUUCGAAGGUCUUCAGGAUAUUUGGGAUCAGGCUAUGAAUGAGCAGACUCGUGUUACUGUAAAGUAUUUCAACAUUAGAACAAACGACUAUCGCCUUGUAAAGCGGGCAUUGCAGUGCGCGAGAAACUCAAAACAUGAAAUUUCUCUCUUGGCAAAUGAUUCUGGAGCAAUAGAAACCGAAAUUUUCGAUAUGGAGAAAAUAAAACAGGCGAGAAGUGUGAUUUUGUGGUCUUUGGUAAGUAAUAUUCAAGAUCAUCAGCUAAUAUCCCUCAACGCGCACAAUAUUAGAAUAAGCAGCGAGUUCAUCACUUCACAAUGUAUUAUACAAAUGCUUACGGAAUGGAAAGAUGGGCGCCGAAAACUUGAGCGACUUCAUAUCUCAUCACCACUCAUCGAUUAUGAAGAAAUUACCAAAAUGGUUCCAUGUGUCUGCUGGAAGAACCUAACAGACAUUUGUCAGCUUGUUUGGCGCGAAGUGGAUGAGGAAGGUUAUCUUCAUGCCAUUCGUGGACCCUCUUUUGAUGUACCAGCGGCCAUUGGAAUUAUCAAUUUAGAAGGAGUCCAAACAUUCAUUUUCCGAAUCAUCAAAAUUAAUAGCCACCUGGCUGAAUUGAUUUGCACGAAGUGUAGCCCGAACAGCGAAAACUGCAACAAUGUUCAACAAGUCGAACAAGCUGCUAACUAA